UUUUCUUUUCAGAAAAGGACGGGUUAAGGGCGCCAGUGUGAAAAAAGCUGUGGUGGGAACGUAUUAUGAAAGUAAUGUUGCGGGCUGAAUCCGCUUUUUUAUGCUUCUCACAGGAAAUUUGCGCCAACAAGUGGGGCUGCUUUACAAGUACAUUAGCCCAUAUUGGGCGGAAGAUCGAAUGAGACAGAGCGAGAUCUGUUGAAUUGCAAUUGAGGGGAAAUUGAAGGAAAUAGGUGAAUAGUUUCGCUUUUUGAGUCGAGAUGGAGUCGGCAGGAGAGCAGGGUUCGAUCCGUUACAGUAAAAAGCCAAAGCAGUCGAAGAACGUGGUAUCUGAGCGGCGGCGAAGGCAGAAGAUGAAUAAGCUGCUUUACACUCUGCGCGCUCUUGUGCCUAAUAUUUCCAAGAUGGACAAGGCUUCAAUCUUAGGGGACGCAAUCGACUACGUGAACGACCUGAAGCAGCAAGUAGAGAGAGCUCAGUGUGACGUUCAAUCUUCCAAUGUUUCUCCUCGAUCUUCAGACCAGGAAACGGAUUCCAUGGCCUUUCUACUCGAUGCUGCAGCCAAAUAUGCUUCCAACUGCAAGUAUCUUAUCCAGGUUGAGACCCAGCUUAUAGAAGAGAGCAUGUUGGAGCUCAGAAUCAAAUGCAAAAAAGAAAGCGGGAUUUUAUUCCAGGUUACCCUUGCUUUAGAAUCCAUGCCAUUCCGGUUGAAAACUGCAAGUUUCAGCACUCUCGAUGAAUUUCUUCUCCUCAACAUUGUAUUGCAGACUGAGGAACGUUGUGCACCAUUGAGCAAGGACGCAGCAAGUAAAGCCAUCGAGGAUGUUUUUGUUAAGAAUGGUCUGAAAGUUACUGGUAGUAAUUUAGGCUUGGAUUGCCAAGUCUGAAUACUGCUCUGAUGAGAAAAAAAAAGUCUUUUGUAUAUUAUACCAUAGAAACUUUCUUGUUCUUGUCUGCCCUUGGCAUUUCUUCGAUGCGCCAAGAACUUGACCCACGAAGUUUCAAUGCUUUUUUCUUUUAAACUUUCAUGUCUGUCAUUGAGAGAUGUUUUGUGCGGCAAGGAAGUUAUAUAAAUUCAAUUUGCCAAAGACUGAGUUGAAAUUCAUGGAAGAAUUGGAUUAAUUUUAUUUUAGUUUUGUAAGAUAUUAUUAUUAAGCAGUUGGAAUAUUUUUUUAUUUAA